AUGGAGGAUUGUCCCUAUGAAAAGGUGAAGUGGAUUGCCUCGGGUGGAUUUGCAGAAGUAUGGAAAGGAAUUGAUAAAAAGAACAAAACAGCCAUUAUGGAGUUGGCAGAGGGAGGAAGCGUUGCCGAUCUGAUAAAACCUGGUCCUCUCGAUGAACAAUAUAUUGCAGUAAUUUUGAGAGAAACUUUAAAAGCUCUAGAAUAUUUGCACGCGGAACAUAAAAUUCAUCGUGAUUUGAAAGCAGCCAAUAUUCUCGUUGGCGAGAAUGGAGAGGUCAAACUUGCAGAUUUUGGCGUGGUUGGAGUCUUGUCAACAAGUGGAACCACUGAUGAAACCAUUCAGAAACGAUAUAGUUUUGUAGGAACUCCCUUCUGGAUGGCCCCAGAAGUCAUUAAACACGAAGGAGCUGAUCAAAAAGCAGAUAUUUGGUCACUUGGAAUAACAGCCAUUGAAAUGGCAAAAGGAGAGCCUCCAUAUGCUCAUGUGCCCAUUAAUACUGCCUUUUUUCUAAUUCAAAAGAAUGAGCCGCCCACUCUCGAAGAGAACAAAUUCUCUAAGGCAUUUAAGGAAUUUGUCAUGUUGUGCUUGCAGAAAAAUCCACAAGAUCGAUUAUCAGCAAGCGAUUUAUUGAAACACAAAUUUAUCAGAACAGCAAAAAAGAACACCAUACUGAAGGGAAGAGGUGGCUCUUCAGACUCAGACAGUGACAGCUCGCUCGACGACGAAUUAUCAGACGAUGAUGACGACAGUGAAAAACAAAAAUAUACCACGCGACAAGGAAAAGGUUUUUGGGAAUUUGGAUCUGAUGGAACAAACACAGUUCGAGAAGUUCCAAAUCUACCUUCCUCUUCGACCACCACAAACACACCAAUCUCAACACCUCCAACCAAGAAAUCUUCCUCUGACCAAAAGAAUGACACUGUCAACUCUGUGUCAUCAGUGAGCACAAUUUCAAGCAAUGCUUAUCCAUCCGAAAACGAAGGAACCCUUCACGAGAUUCAAUAG